UCUCUCUCAUCACGUCCGUCCAUCCGUCCGGUGUCCCUGCUCCAGCCCCUCACGGCUUCCCUCUGAGCUGCGGAGUCAGGAUGGGCACAGGAGCCAUGUCCCCGUCUCGGUCUGCCCUCUUCUGUCUCGGGCUGUGUCUGCGGCAGGUGAUACAGGCUCAGGACGGGCCACUGCCCAAGCCCACCCUCCGGGCCCUGCCCAGCCCCCUGGUGCCCCUGGGCACGCCGGUGACCGUCCGCUGCCAGGGCCCCCCCGGCGUGGACUUGUACCGCCUGGAGGAGCUGAGGUCCGGGAAGUACAUGAACGUGGCCUCCCUCAGCAUCCCGGCCAUGGAGCACACCUCUGCUGGGCCGUACCGCUGCUCCUACCAGAACGGCAGUCGCUGGUCCCUGCCCAGCGAGCAGCUGGAGCUGGUGGCCACCGGAAUUUAUGAGAAGCCCACGCUCUCGGCCCAGCCUGGCCCGGAGGUGUCCCUCGGAGGGGACGUGACGCUCCAGUGCCGGAGCAAAUACGGUUUUGACAAAUACGCUCUGUACAAGAAGGGGGACACUGGGCCUUACAAGGGCCCUGAGCGGUGGGACCGGGCCAACUUCCCCAUCAUCACGGUCACGGCCGCCCACAGCGGGACCUACCGGUGCUACGGCUUCUCCAGCAGCAACCCGUACCUGUGGUCCGCCCCCAGCGACCCCCUGGAGCUCGUGGUCACGGGGACCUCUGGGACACCCAGCCAGUCACCCACAGAAGCACCUUCCUCUACAACACGGCCUUCUAGGGAUACCACCAUCUUUUCAGGGGGGCCGGACUCUACAACUGAGCUUUCUAGGGACACCACCAUCUUUUCCAAGAGGCCAGGCUCUACAACUGGCCUUGCCCAUCAGGACUACACUAAGGGGAACCUGGUCCGGAUAUGCCUCGGGGCUGCGAUUCUCUUACUCCUGGCGGGCAUCCUGGUAGAAGACUGGCGCAGCCGGAAGAAAUUCCCGCUGCACUGGGUCCCGGCUGUCCACAGGCCACUCCCACCCCUCCCACGGGCUCAGAAGUCACAAAGUGGUCAGGGCGGGGGUCGACUAGUUGGCCAUCCCCAGGGUUUGCCACCAUCAGAACCUCAAGAUGUGGUUGUACCCAAGAGGUCAUGAGAACAGGGAGGGGACUUGGCGUGCGCGCGCGCCCGCGCGUGUGUGUGUGUGUGUGUGUGUGUGUGUGUGUGUGUGUGUGUGUGUGUCUCUUCUUGGGGCUCCGUCAAGGAGCCCUUGAGUCAGUGUCUAUUUGGCUUUCUGAUUGCUUCUCAGCCUUUAAGGCCAAGUGCACUUGGCUUUCUGUUGAUUAACCAAAGAACUUAUAUGCAUAUAUUCAUUGCUCAUGGACACAGACAAUAGGGUGGUAAAAGCCUGGGGCCGGGCUGGGCGGGAACUGGGUGAAGAGGAGCAAUGGGGGGAAGAAAUGGAGGACAUCUGUAAGACUCAACAAUGAAGAUUAAAAAAAAGAGAACUCCCUCUGUUUGGGGUGGAAAGAAUCAAACCAGCAACCCCUCAGUCCACCGGCCAAUGCUCUAUCCACUGAGCCAAACCGGCUAGGGCUAGUCCCUCAUGUCUUGCACAUUGUGGCUCUUACAACUUCCUCACCGCAUCAUCAUACUUCCCUCUUUUUUUUUAAAAAAAUGUUUUCAUCGAUUUUUAGAUAGAGAAAUGGAGAGGAGGAUAGAAACACUGCUUAGAGAGAAACAUCGAUUGGCUGCCCCCUGUACACCCCUCUACUGGGGAUGGAGCCAACCACCUGGGCAUGUACCCUGACUGGGAUUCGAACCGGUGACCUCUGGUGCAUGGGAGGAUGCUCAAUCCACUGAGCCACUGGCCGGGCUUCCCUCUUUCUCCAGCCUUCUCUCAGGUGGCUCCUGGAUGGACCCCUGCCUCUGGUCUGACUGUUAAUAAAUACAACCUCUUCCACAA